ACGAACAUGCACAAAACUCUUUUCUUGACAUCUUUUUUGAGGUGAAAAACCGGAUCAGGGCCGCAAUGAGUCUCUCAGCUAAAGACAAAGCCCUCGUCAAAGACCUUUGGGCAAAGAUCGCUCCGAAGGCUGAUAAAAUUGGCGCUGAGGCACUUGGCAGGCUGUUUGAGGUCUACCCUCAGACAAAGACUUACUUCUCUCACUGGUCUGAUCUUACUCCUGGAUCAGCCCAAGUGAAAAAGCACGGAGGCGUAAUUGUAAGGAAAAUUGGAGAAGCCGUUGGCCACAUUGACGAUCUUACUGGAGCUCUAAGCUCACUAAGCGAGCUGCACGCUUUCAAGCUCCGUGUUGACCCUGUUAAUUUCAAGCUCCUGUCCCACACCGUCGAGGUGAGCAUUGCCUUGUUCUUCCCCGCGGAGUUCACUCCUGAAGUUCAUGUGUCUUUUGACAAGUUUCUUCAGAACCUGGCCUUUGCUCUGUCCGAGAAGUACCGCUAAAUGAAGUACCAGUUUCAGAAGACAUCAUUAAAAUGACAUCCAUAAAUGAUCUUGACAAUAAAUAUAACUGAACAAUACACAA